AGGGCAAGUGAGAAUCAACCUGUCGUCUUCGAGCCUCAGUCUGUGCUAAUAGGUGGUGGACAUGAGGAAGUGUUCAGAUGGUCGUUAGUGUGUAGUAUUACUCAAGAGCGGGAGAGUAAGAAUGCUUGGCUUGUAAGAGGACAAUCGGAACCUGCACAAUAUCCAAGGCAGCCGUUAUAGCAGACCUUGACCCGCCAGCUCCGAUAUGUCGACACUCGAGCAUGACCUACGAACCAUGGGCGGCGACAUCAACCAACCGGCCGGCACAGGGCAAGGCUUCGGACGCAUCGUGCUCAUCCUCGCCGGCGUCAGCGCCCUCGUCGCUUCCCUCCUCACAGUCCUCACCACCCUCCUGCAAGCCAAAAACUACCGCAAACCCUUGCUCCAACGCCACGUAAUCCGCAUCUUGGUCCUGGUGCCAAUCUUCAGCGCCGCCUCGUGGGCCUCGCUGACCAGCCUCCGCGUCGCCUUUUGGAUUGGCCCGUUUCGCGAUGUCUACGAGGCGUUUACGCUGUACACCUUCUUCCAGCUGUUGGUGGCGUAUCUGGGCGGGGAGAGGAGUUUGAUUAUCAUGAUGCAUGGACGACCGCCGGUGAGCCAUCUUUGGCCGCUGAAUCAUUGUUUGGGGAAGGUGGAUAUCAGUGAUCCGCAUACGUUUCUGGCCAUCAAGAGGGGCAUUCUGCAGUAUGUCUGGAUCAAGCCUACGCUGGCCAUCGCGACGGUGGUGAUGAAAGGAACUGGCACGUUCCGAGAGGGCAUCCUGGCGGCGAACAGUGGAUACUUCUGGACGGGUUUGGUCUACAACGUCAGUAUCUGCUGGAGUCUUUACGACUUGGCGCUGUUCUGGGUGUGCAUGAAUGAUGAUUUGCAGCCUUUCAGGCCUAUGCCAAAAUUCCUGUGCAUCAAGGGCAUCAUUUUCGCGUCGUGGUGGCAAGGCUUCAUGCUGUCCAUUCUUGUUGCGCUGGGUGCUAUACCAAGUGCUGGAGGAGGGUAUACGGCGGACAACCUGGCUGCCGCAAUCCAAGAUGCCCUGAUAUGCUUCGAGAUGCCGUUCUUCGCGCUCUCGCAUUGGUACGCUUUCAGUUGGCAAGACUACGCCGACCGCACUAUCUCCGACGCCCGCAUGCCCAUCCGCUUUGCUUUGCGAGACGCCUUCGGUCCGCGAGAUCUGAUCGAGGACGCGAAGGAGACGUUCAGCGGCAAACAUUACGACUACAGGUACUUCGAUGCCGAAGACAAUGUCAUCGCACACGAAGAAAGCUCAAGCAGAGAAGCGCGAAUGCGUGAAGGCAUGAGGUACGAACGCAAUGGCAAAGGUAAGUAUUGGAUCCCGCCGUCCAACGGCGCCAACGACAAGCAUCCUCUCCUUGCGCGAUGGGCGGACAGUCACGCACGGACGAUGAGCCCUGGCGGCGCAGCCUCACGGUCAACCAGCCGAGGCGCGAAUGGCACCCUUGAUUACGGCACAAGACGAGAGCCGGAGGAGCCAGAGAAGGACGCGGAAGAAGAACGGCUCUACGAAAACGCCCGCGCGCUGGAGUUCGGCGACUGGAACUACCCCGUCAUCAACACCCACUAUGCGUCGCGCGAAGACCGCGUGAGCACGGAGCCUAACAUGAUCAGCGCCAGCACGAAUCGCGCCAUCUUGCAACCAACGGCCGACAAUCGGCAGCGGAGGAAAAGUCGCAUCAGAGACAUCCAAGAGGACGUCUACCAACAUGACGACCCUGCGAAGAAGAAGCGAGAUAGCCAUGGUGAAAGCAGUCUUGCCGCGAAGGGCAAAGAAAAGUUGAAACACCUGCCACUCGUCGGCGGCCUUCUCCAACGCCGCGACUCCUCGGAAUCAGUCGAGUCGCAUUCUUCGCAACUCGUCGACCUGGUCGUCGAAGACACGCAAGCCGAAGAAAUCGAACGCGUUCGUGCACGCAAAGAAGGCGGACCAGGCUGGAACAGUAUCGAGCAGCGGCACUUCGUGAAAACUUUCCCCGAUGAAGGUGAAGCGGAGGAGGUGCGGCAGGGUUUCAACCCGGACAAGCCGGAAAAGCAAUUGACGGAUGCGAGUCACACGCUUGACUCGCCUUUCGAAGUCGGCGACGGAGAGGAGGAAGGGGUUUCGGAUGUGCCCGGGCAGGAUGAGAUGGGGAGGGAGCAGCCGUGGGAGGAGAGGGAGGCGGCGGAGACGGGUGGGGAGGCAGAUGCGAAGGUUGAUGGAGUGUUUGAGGAGGAGAGGAGGGCUUGGGGGAAUUGAUUCUGACUUACAAUUGUGGCAGCGGGUUAGGGUGUCGGUUAGCGGUGGCGUUGUUGAGGUGCCUGGUCCGUUUUCGAGAUACCAAUGUCCGCAGUACUGCAUUAUGGGAUCAGACUACUGUAUCUCUUCUCUGCGUUUACUAUAAUACAAUAUCAAGCUCAUGCGAAAGAAAAGCA